GUAUGUAUGUAUGUAUUUAUAUUUACACUAGUACUAUAGUCCGUUAACAGUCGACAGAGUAUCUUAACGGGGGCCUUGUCGACUGUGCUCCUUCGUAUGGUAAUAUUUUACCUUCCUGCUGGGUGGUGGUGCAUGUACACACUCACAGCUGGUGUCGCACCUACACAUUCGCAGCCAAAUGUGAACCGAUAUAUAGUACCACACACACAGCUAAUCAAUAGUACCACACACACAGCUAGAUUGAACCCCCGGUACAUCUGACACCAUGGCCAACGUCACAGCCAAAGAUGCCAUGCAAAUACACGGGCGCAAUCCCCAGCACCUGGUUGAUAAGAUCAUACGCACACGUAUAUACGACUGCCGAUAUUGGAAAGAGGACUGUUUUGCCCUCACAGCCGAGUCAUUGGUGGAGAAGGCUGUUGACCUGAACUACUGUGGGGGGGUGUAUGGGGGUAGUGUCAAAGCUACGCCGUUUAUAUGCUUGCUGCUGAAGAUGUUGCAGAUACAACCGGAUAGGGAGAUCAUUGUGGAGUUCAUAAAGAAUGAAGACUAUAAAUACGUUCGUCUGCUGGGUGCUUUGUACCUGCGUCUGACGGCUAAUUCGCAAGACUGUUACAAGUACUUGGAGCCAUUGUACGAUGACUUCCGCUGCAUCAGGGUAAAGAACAAGCUGGGUAAGCUUGUGCGUUCACACGUGGACGAAUUCGUAGACGAGCUGCUACACGAGGAGCGUGUGUGUGAUGUGCAAAUGCCGCGCGUGCAGAAGCGGUUUAUCCUCGAAGAGACCGGACAGUUGCAACCACGCAUCAGUGCUAUCGAUGAUCUUCUGGACGACGAUGAUGACGAAGACGUCGAGAUGGCGGACACGGCCACUGCAUCGGCUGAGGUGAACGCUAUCGCCGUCAACGGGAUGGCACAGUCACCCGAGCGACAGAAAGAGCGAAGAAGCGACAGGGACCACCGCAGUGAUCGCAAACCGUCUCGAGACAGAGACAGAGAUAGAGACAGACGCACGUCACGUGACCGGGCGAGAAGGUCAUCGCCUGAGCGGAAGUCGUCUAAGGAACGAGACUCCGCGAGAGACAGAGAACGCCGACCAUCGAGGAGAGAGUCGGGCGAGAGAAGGUCCUCGAGGGAUCGAACUUCUAAAGAUACAGGCGGGUCUAGAGGUAGGAAGUCGUCUCGAGAUCGGGACAGAGAGACGUCCAGGGGCAGAGAUAAGAACAUGUCUACUCGCGCGCGGCACGACGAUCGAGAUCGCCGUGAACGCCCACGCGACGAUGAGCGCCGAAGAGACAGAGAAAGAGAGCGCAAGGACAGGGACAGCGCACGUGACCGCGACGGAGAGAGACGGGAACGCGAUAGAGGCCACAGCAGAGACAGACCCAGCCGCCGAUCUGAGCGCGGUCGCGGCGGCGAGCGCGACCAGAGUCGCGAAUCGCGCCGAAAUGAGCGUCGAGAUAGAGACCGAAGCAGAGGACGUGAGAGAGGGCGCUCGGGGUACAAAGACCUGGAUCAGCCGGAGGAUAGGCCUAGAGAGAGCCAUGCCGCGGGUUCGAGUUCGCGGUCACGCCGCCGUAGAUAUAGGAGCAGUAGCCGCGAUAGACGACACCGAAGCAGGAGCAGAGUCCGGUCUACCACACGCACUGGCGACCGUACGAGACGGAGCAGGCGCAGCCACACACGCUCGCGUAGUCGCAGUGGCGGCCGUUCCGAUAGUACGGAUAGCAGAGGCAGCUCAGGUGACAGUGGCAGUGACAGUGAUUGCGAUAGCGAUAGCGAUAGCGAUAGCGAUAGCGAUAGCGACAGCGACAGCGAUCGAGAGCACAGGGCCCAGCGCUCGAGGAAACGGUCGCGCAGUCGCAGUGCUAGUACCGGUGGAAGGGCUACAGCGCUCGCUAAUGAGGACGGUGAGGUGUCUGAUUGUAGCAAGCGGCCCAGGCGCAAGAGGAGGGCCAGAAGUCGGAGUGCUAGUGACGGGGAAAGGACGGACAAGAAAUAUAGGGCUGGUUCCCGGUCGCGUAGUCGGGAUAGGAGCCAUAGCCGUGAUAGAAGUAUUAGCAGAGACAGGCGUAGCAGCAAGAGCCGAAGCAGAAGCCGCAGUCGUAGUCGUAAUCGUAGUCAAAUCAGGGGGAGAAGCGGAGACGAGUCUGAUGAUAUGGACCUUGAUAACAUUCCCCUUCCGGAUGAUGAUGUGGACGACGAGGAUGCUGACCUGAUGGACAUACCAAUGCCCCAGGAUGCACCCGAUACGCCGCAUCACGUAGCCGCCACAAUCACCGAGCCAAAGGCGCAGACCGAGACCAAAUCGAAGUCCUCGAGCUCUAAGAGUGGUAAAAAGCACGCUCUGAGCUUCAAGGGGGAUGCGAAGAGUUCCGAUAAGGCCGCUGGCAGAGCCAAGAAGGGAGAGAAGGCUGCUAAAUUGCUCGAGAAACUGCAACCGCAGGAGACGAAAGAUAUGGAUUUGGAGAGCGCCGGAGGUGGUGCGAAGGACUCUCUGUCAGUGGACGCCACGAACGCACUGCGCGUCAAGCUCGGCCUCAAACCACUGCGAUGACCUUGGGUUUAGCUUCAUUGCCAGAUAUAUAAAAACUGUUGGUCCGUGCGACUACAUACAACUCAAGGGACUGGCUAUAUGAUCCAGGACAGACUCUGAGUCUGGGGUGUCCAGCACAGAUGUGUGCAUAACUAAAGGGCCGAAAAGGGGCAAAUGAGAGCGUGCAGUUUUAGAUACGUUUAUCUUGCGCCACAUUGAAAGUCUGGUCGAGCGCUAUGUGUGGCAUCUGUCAACAUCUCAAACGGCGUUGACCUGACUGGGUCCUUGUGAUUGGCGUCAACAAUGGAAUAACUAUCGAUAAGAUGUAUUUCUGAAUAAAGCGACGAUUUGCUCAUCAAUCAUAGCGCUGAUAAAUCGCACAGGCCAGAUGAAAUAUGUAAUAGCUUCGGCAUCGCACGCCUGUGGGUAAGCGAUGUACUAAUGGAUCGACUUAUAGCAGCACAUCAUAAUUGCUAUGCCAGUAUGACCAUUUACCGAUCAGUAUAUGAAUAAACAUAGCUGAAGACAAGCCCCGAUUCCAGGAUAUGGGGGAAAAUGGCUAUUUGGAAUGUCC